CCCACCAGUGCCCAUCAGUGCCUUCCACCAAUGCUACCCAUCAGUGCCCAGCAGUGCCACCCAUCAGUGCCUCCCAGAAGUGCCACACAUCAGUGCUGCCCAGCAGUUGCGCCCAGCACAGCUGCCCAUCAGUGCCACCCAUCAUGCCGCCUAUCAGUGACCAUUAUUGCUGUAUAUCAGUUCAGUAUCAUCAGUGCCUCUUUAUCAAUGCCACCAGUGCUGCCUCAUCAGUGCCACCUUACCAGUGCAGCCUAUCAGUACCCAUCAGUGCUGCCUAUCCAUGCCACCUCAUCAGUGCCCAUCAGUGCUGCC